AUCACCUUCAACCCGCAUCCCUCUACUCAUCCACGACUCUCAAACCUUCACAAAGCCUUGGGCUUUGCUGUAAACUUCUCUCAAUCGCUUUUCGAAAGACAUCUUGCAAGUCCGCUAGAUCAUAUCGCUCCGACGCCAUCUGAUCGCCCUCCGACUUCGCCGUCUGUUCGUGAAAGACAUUUCGAUUUUAUCGAACAUUGAACACGAUACAAAAAUACUAAUAACCAGGAACCUUUAGCUAGAGUCUCUUGGAGCUCGUUCGAUAUCCUCGAGGCUCGAAUUUCGUUCACGCAUUCGCGUGCUACUUGCUUGGAGAUCCCACUUACACGCUCUCACCUCCCGUCUGACACACCCUAAAGUCAUCCACAAUGGCCACCGCUACUGUGUCGACUCCUAUCAAGUCCCACAAGGGACUUUUCUCCUCCCGUACCGCCGGCGGACGGAUGCCCCUGACCCCUUCACCUCGCGGACAGUCAUCGGUCAACAUCCCUGUCAACCUCAACUCCUCCCCCUUCACCCCUGAGAGACAGUCCAGCAAUGACUUCCGGCCAUCCACAAAGUCCAGCACUUAUGGCGGUAACCUCAUGGCACACCUUUCCAGACCCAGCUCCCACCGCGAUUCCCCCAAGUCCAACAUCGCACGAGGUGUUCAGACCCCUCGCAAGGCUCUGGAGCUUGGCGUCUCUGACUUCACUCUCACCGGCACCGGACUCGUCAUCAAGACCCCCUCCAGUUCCAAGUGCAAGAAGGCUCCCCUGCGACAAAAGGCCGCCAAGACGACUGUGAGCUACGGUGGUGACCGCUUCAUUCCCAAUCGGGGAGCGAGCUCUGCCAUCGCCAACGCCGGCUCCGGCAAGCUUGACUUGGCUGACAGGAAGCGAUCUAAGAACAACAGCACGGAGAGCUCUUCCGUCCUGUCCACUGCUGCUGACGAGGCCUUGGCUGCUCUUGAGAACCUCAACAUCAACGAUGAUGACGACGAGCCUGAGACAUACUCCCGUCCCUCCCCCAACACCGUGGCCUACCAAGAUUCAUUGGCGAAUGCCUGCGGUGUCAGCCUGAACACCCGUAUCCUUGAGUUCAAGCCUGCUGCUCCCGAGUCUUCCAAGCCUAUCGACCUCCGACAGCAGUACAACCGACCUCUCAAGGCGGUCGGUGCUAGCUCUGCUCAGCUGCGACGUCGCAUUGCUACCGCCCCUGAGCGCGUCCUCGAUGCCCCUGGUCUGAUUGACGACUACUAUCUGAACCUCCUUGAUUGGAGCUCGGGUAACCAGGUUGCCAUUGGUCUCGAGCGCAACGUCUACGUCUGGUCUGCCGAAGAAGGUAGCGUCAGCUGUCUUCUCGAGACCUCCCCUGACACCUAUGUUAGCAGCGUCAAGUGGUCCGGGGACGGUGCCUACGUCAGCGUCGGCCUCGGUACUGGCGAAGUCCAAAUCUGGGACGUCGCCGAGAGCCAGAAAAUCCGCAGCAUGUUCGGCCACGACACCCGUGUUGGUGUCAUGGGCUGGAACAAGCACCUCCUCUCCACCGGUGCCCGAAGUGGUCUCGUCUACAACCACGAUGUCCGCAUCGCUGAGCACAAGGUUGCUGAGCUCGUUUCCCACACCUCCGAGGUCUGCGGCCUGGAGUGGCGAUCCGAUGGCGCUCAGCUCGCUACCGGCGGCAACGACAAUUUGGUUUCCAUCUGGGACGCUCGCUCCCUGUCCGUCCCCAAGUUCACCAAGACUAACCACAAGGCUGCCGUCAAGGCCCUCGCUUGGUGCCCGUGGAACAUGAACCUUCUCGCAACUGGCGGCGGUUCCUACGAUCGCCACAUCCACUUCUGGAACUCCACCUCUGGCGCCCGCGUCAACAGCAUCGACACUGGCUCCCAGGUCACCUCCCUCCGCUGGAGCCCCCACCAGCGUGAGAUUGUCAGCUCUAGCGGCUUCCCCGACAACUCCCUGAGCAUCUGGAGCUACCCUACUCUCGUCCGUAACGUGGAGAUUCCCGCUCACGAGAGCCGUGUUCUCCACAGCUGCCUGAGCCCCGAUGGCCAGAUGUUGGCUACUGCUGCUGCCGAUGAGAGCUUGAAGUUCUGGAAGAUCUUUGAGAAGAAGGCUGGCGCUUCCGCUGGCAUCGGUGCCUCUGGCGCCUCUAGCAAGGCCGACAUGGUUAAGCAGAUGACCAUCCGAUAAAUGAAAUGCCAGUACCAACUGGGUCAGGUAGGUAUGAACCUUUCACUGGUAUUUGGGUCUCUCGGAGUUGUGCAAAUUGAAGCAUGGAGUUGGGGAGUCUACUUCCUCUUGCUCGUGGUAUGAAAGCGCUUCUCCACGCAGGGACGACACAACGGAAUGGUCAUGAGCUAUGAUGCGAUAUCCUUGGGGACGAAGCCACAAUAUGGUUAGCGGUGUAGGAGUAAUAUUUGUUUUUGAAAUUGAACUACCUAGGGCGUUGAUUGCGAAUAAUUUGCGAGCGUGUGCCAUUAAAUGAGAUUAAUCUUGCUCAUGAGAUUGUUGCCUGUGUCUUACAGGUAGUGACGGAGUCAUCCAUGAUAGCCGUGGUGUUUGGUUCAACAUUCC